UAUGUCAUUCGAUGUCGGUGUAGCUUUUGUUGAUUGGUUGAGGUUAAACAACCAGAGCAAAAUGGCAACACCUCAAAGCGACCAAGACCGUCGUAAACAAAUUUCUGUUAGAGGAAUCGCCCAAGUUGAGAAUGUUACAAAUAUAAAGAAGACAUUCAACCGUCACUUACAUUAUACACUAGUGAAGGAUAGAAAUGUUGCAACUCAAAGAGACUAUUACUUCGCUUUGGCAGAAACUGUUAGAGAUCAUUUGGUUGGAAGAUGGAUCAGGACUCAACAAUACUAUUAUGAAAAAGAUCCGAAGAGAAUUUAUUAUCUUUCGCUUGAGUUCUAUAUGGGAAGAUCACUUACAAACACCAUGUGCAAUCUAGGCAUACAAAAUGCUACUGAUGAGGCUCUAUAUCAGAUGGGUCUUGAUAUCGAAGAGCUCGAGGAUAUUGAACAAGAUGCUGGAUUAGGAAAUGGUGGUUUGGGUAGACUAGCUGCUUGCUUCCUUGAUUCUAUGGCUACCUUGGGUUUAGCAGCCUAUGGUUAUGGUAUAAGAUAUGAUUAUGGAAUAUUUACGCAAAGAAUUAAGGACGGUUGGCAAGUUGAAGAACCAGACGAUUGGCUAAGAUACGGUAAUCCUUGGGAAAAAGCUCGGCCAGAGUAUACCAUACCGGUGAACUUUUAUGGAAGAGUUGACAAUUCUACUGGAAAGGCAAGAUGGGUUGAUACGACGAUUUGUUUCGCCAUGCCUUAUGAUAGUCCUAUUCCGGGAUAUAGUAAUAAUUGCGUUAACACUUUAAGGCUAUGGUCGGCUAAAGCGCCGGCAUCAUUUAAACUCCAAUUCUUUUGCAGUGUUAAUUUUUUUCAGGUUGUUUAUGCAAUGCCGUACGAUAGCCCUGUUCCGGGCUAUGGCAACAAUGUAGUUAAUACCAUGCGUUUGUGGUCAGCAAAAGCCCCCUCCUCUUUUCAUUUAGAAUUUUUCAAUAGCGGAGAUUACAUACAAGCAGUGUGCGACAGAAAUCUUGCAGAAAACAUCUCGAGAGUACUCUAUCCAAAUGAUAAUUUCUUCGAAGGAAAAGAGCUCCGAUUAAAGCAGGAAUAUUUCCUUGUCGCUGCAACUUUACAAGAUAUUAUUCGCCGUUUUAAGUCAUCUAAAUUUGGUAGUAAAGAUCCAGUACGAACCAGCUUUGAUCUCUUUUCAGAGAAGGUUGCCAUCCAAUUGAAUGACACUCAUCCUUCAUUGGCCAUACCUGAAUUAAUGAGAUUACUAAUCGAUAUUGAAGGACUGACUUGGGAAAAUGCUUGGAAGAUAGUGAUUGAUACAUGUGCUUACACAAAUCACACAAUCUUACCUGAAGCUCUGGAGAGAUGGCCGGUACACCUGUUGGAAAGGCUGCUCCCGAGACAUUUGCAAAUCAUCUAUGAGAUUAAUGCUAGAUUUUUGGAUCAAGUCAGAAUUAGAUGGCCUGGAGACAAUGAAAGACUACGAAGAAUGUCUUUGGUUGAGGAGGGAGUCGAAAAGAAGAUUAACAUGGCUCAUCUUUGCAUUGUUGGAAGUCAUGCAGUAAAUGGAGUGGCAGCGAUUCAUUCAAAUAUUAUAAAAAGUAAAACUUUCAGAGAUUUUGCCGAAUUUUAUCCAGCUAAAUUUCAAAACAAGACCAAUGGUGUUACACCUAGACGUUGGUUACUUUUGUGUAAUCCUGGAUUAUCAGAUUUAAUUGCAGAAAAGAUUGGAGAUAAAUGGAUUGUUGAAUUAAGCGAUUUGAGAAGAUUGAACGAGUUUGCCAAUGAUAAAAACUUCCUAAAUGCAGUUAUGCAAGUUAAACAAGAAAAUAAGAUGAAAUUAGCAAAAUUGAUUGAAAAAGAGUUUGGAAUUCGUAUUGAUUCGUGCUCUAUCUUUGAUGUACAAGUGAAGAGAUUGCAUGAAUAUAAGAGGCAAUUGAUGAAUAUUCUUCAUGUGAUAACACUUUUCAAUAGAAUAAAAAAGAAUCCAUCUAUUAAAAUGGCUUCAAGAACCAUAAUGAUUGGAGGCAAAGCUGCCCCCGGUUAUCAUAUGGCGAAGUUGAUAAUAAAAUUAUUCAACAAUGUUGCAAGAGCUGUUAACUCUGAUCCUAUUGUCAACAAGAAGAUGAAAUGCGUUUUUCUUGAAAAUUAUAGAGUUUCCCUUGCUGAAAAGGUCAUUCCGGCAGCUGACUUAAGUGAACAAAUUUCGACAGCCGGAACUGAAGCUUCAGGCACUGGUAACAUGAAAUUUCAAAUGAACGGAGCUUUAACCAUAGGAACUUUAGACGGAGCAAAUGUUGAAAUGAAAGAAGAGAUGGGAGAUGAUAAUAUAUUUAUAUUUGGAAUGACUGUCGAUGAAGUGGAUGAGUUGGCAGCAUCUGCUUACAAACCAUAUGACUAUUACGAGAAAGAUCCAGAGCUAAAGCAAGUAAUCGAUCAAAUUGCUGGAGGAUUCUUCUCACCUGAGAACCCUGAUAUGUUCAAGGACGUCGCUAAUUCUCUAAUGCAUAAUGACAAGUAUAUGUUGCUUGCCGACUAUAGACCUUACAUAGACUGUCAAGACAGAGUAGCAGCUUGCUAUAUGAACCCACAUGAGUGGGCAAAGAAGGUUGUAUACAACAUUGCUUCAUCUGGAAAGUUUUCCAGCGACAGAACCAUUGAGCAAUAUGCUACAGAAAUUUGGAAUACCCCGGUAGCAAAAGAUAAGCUCCCAGCUCCUUUUGAAACUCCUCAAAGAGAACAAGAGCUAAUUGAACAAGGAAAAUGA